AUGGAUUCAGUGAAAAUGGAAUUACCAUCAUUUGGAGAACAUGUUUUUCAAGCGGAUUAUAUUCAGAAAAAGCGAAAUAGACGAGGAAAAGUGGAAUAUUUGGUCAAAUGGAAAGGAUAUUCAGUCAAACAAAGCACUUGGGAACCGACAGAGAAUAUUCUGGACCCACUGUUGAUCGCAGAGUUCGAUUCCAG